UUAUCUAUAAAGGACACACCCAGAACCAAAACCAGAACACUAGUACGUUUUUGUCUCUGUUCUUUAACUUUAUCGCUUUCUCUCACUAAAACCACCAAAGAGUAAAGAAAAUGGCGAAAGACAGGAAGAUAGGAGUGGCGAUGGACUACUCGAAGAGCAGCAAACUGGCGUUAAAAUGGGCGAUCGACAACUUGGCCGACAAAGGCGACACUUUCUUCAUCGUCCACGUCAAAUCCCACGCUUCCGAUGAAUCUCGCAAUAAUCUCUGGUCUAAGUCCGGAUCUCCUCUGAUCCCGCUGUCUGAGUUCCGUGAGCCGGAGGUGAUGAAGAAUUACGGCGUUCAGGCUGAUAUCGAAGUUCUUGAUUUGCUCGACACAGCCGCCAGGCAGAAAGAGAUACAUGUUAUCAUAAAAUUGUACUGGGGAGAUGCAAGGGAGAAGCUGUGUGAUGCGAUUGAAGAUUUGAAGUUGGAUUCUCUGGUUAUGGGUAGCAGAGGCCUUGGCACCAUCCAGAGGAUAAUCCUGGGGAGUGUUACCAACUAUGUCCUGGCACAUGGGAACUGCCCUGUGACCAUUGUUAAAGAUGAAGAUUUUCAUCACAAGCACUGAUAAUGUUCAAUUAUGAGCUGAUUCACAACUAUGUUCCAUCCCUAGCUUGUUAUUUUCUUUUAAGAUUAAUGCAAACUUCAUAUUAAAGCACUGUUUUUGCUUCUUUUUU